GCCCAACGCCCGGUAGCCCGAGAGCCUCCAGGGUCCUCCCCCACACCCCCGAGGUCCUGCAGACGAUGGCGUCGUGGGCGGUCACUGUUAUCCCUUAGGUCUGGAGAGGGGACAUCCGAGCGAGGGCAAUUCGCUGCCAGGCACGAGCUCGUCCCGCUCCGGAUGACCACAGAGUGCCGCGGGCGGGCAGAGGGACCGGAAACUCAGACCUCUCCGUCCCUGUUUCCGGCAGCGCAGCGCUGCUCCGGGAGCCGCUGUGGCAGCGUUAUGCUGCCACGGGGACUGAAGAUGGCGCCGCGAGGUAAACGGUUAUCCUCCACCCCGCUGGAAAUCCUGUUCUUUCUGAACGGGUGGUAUAAUGCUACCUAUUUCCUGCUGGAACUUUUCAUAUUUCUGUAUAAAGGUGUCCUGCUACCAUAUCCAACAGCUAACCUAGUACUGGAUGUGGUGAUGCUCCUCCUUUAUCUUGGAAUUGAAGUAAUUCGCCUGUUUUUUGGUACAAAGGGAAACCUCUGCCAACGAAAGAUGCCACUCAGUAUUAGCGUGGCCUUGACCUUCCCAUCUGCCAUGAUGGCCUCCUAUUACCUGCUGCUGCAGACCUACGUACUCCGCCUGGAAGCCAUCAUGAACGGCAUCUUGCUCUUCUUCUGUGGCUCAGAGCUUUUACUUGAGGUGCUCACCUUGGCUGCUUUCUCCAGUAUGGACAGGAUUUGAAGUACAGAAUUUCAGCCAGCAGCCCAUCAGGCCGACACCACACAUAUUGCUUCUGGUACUUUAGCCACACCAGUGAGAAUUGGUGGGGCAAGUUGUCCUGAGAAAGGCUGUGUGGCUUUUCUUCAGCACAGACAUUUGGGCAAGCAACUCAGCAUAAGUCCAGUGGGUACCAUCUUCUAAACCAGGACCAUCAGCCCAAGAGAUUCUUCUACACUCCACUAUAGGGAGGGUCAAGGUUAUUCCCAUCCUGCCCCUUCUCAGAACCAGUCCCCUGCUGACCUCAAGUUCUCCUCCUUGAUCACCGUGGCCAGAGCAUCUCGUGUGGACCAUCUAGGCUCCUUGGGCUUCAAGCAGGACCUGAGCCACGUGCUCCCUAUACGAGCUGUGCCAUACCUGUCCCACAUGAGCACGGAGAGCCUCAUGUUGGUGGGUUUCCAGAGUGAUGUGAAAGCCUCUCACCCCAAUCCUCGGAGACUGAGUUCCAGAACUUUUUUAGUAGCUCAUAGUGUUAUUUUUCUACUCUCUUCAAGAAACUAACUUUAUUUUAUAAUAAAUAUGUAUUUUCUGUUGU